AUGGAAGCUGAACCAAUGGUCAUCGCUGCUUUCAUUUUGGUACUUCUGGCACAGUUUGGAGCGCUUAGCAGUUUUGAAGUAUCAAACAAAUGUGGAAGUAUUACAAGGUUCAACGUUUCAACUAUUGCCAACGGGUCGGACCUUGUAUGCCUGACAAAUACAAGUUGGUCAGACGGAAAUAAAAGCUACAACUUUUCCUACAUCGGGAACUGGACUGGUCACCAACAAUGCCUUUCCAAUUGUAACCCCUGCCAUCCAGAGCCAUGUACCUGUAUACCCGGCUGUGUAUGCCUGCCAAUGGCGGGUUAUCCUAGUGUAGGACGCUGUGUCCGAAAGGAAACCUCUCUACCUAUUGGAAUAACAAGCACCACCAACUUCUCUUUGAAUGAUUGUGGGAACAAGGAACACGACUCUGAGGAGGAUGAGGACGAGGAGGACGAGGAGGAUGAGGACGAGGAGGAUGAGGACGAAGAGGACGAUAAGGACGAAAAGGACGGAGAGGACGAAGAUGACGAUGAGGACGAAGCGGAC